UUAAAACGUUGCGCGUCCGGCGUACCUGUAUCGCAUAUCGAACGCAUUCGAACGCCGCUUUUCGCCCGAUACAUCGAUAAUAUAUCGCGGAAUUUGAAUCGGGAAGAGGAUUUUUCCGCACUGGACCCAUCGUACCGGCGAUUUUUAGUUCGUGACUUUUUCGGGGAAAUUUAUUGAUAGCCAAAAGGGGAGUCGAUUUAAUGUGGAUAUGUUCGGAUUUCUCUGUGCCUUGUAUAUGGAUUAUUUCUCUAAUGGAUAGUUGAUUUAGAUAAUGCCAUCGCAAAAUGCCAGUCCUACUUCUAAGAGAAGACUCGUCCACCUCGCUGUCCGCAUUGGUGGAGAAAGCCCAAAGGAAGACUCCGCCGCUUCUGGAAUACGACUUGCAGCUCAAUAACAGCCAUCUCGACUUAGUGCUCCUAUCCAAACCGGACAGGAAAAUAAAUUUACCCACCCAAGACGAAGGAUUCGAAUCCGACAUCGACAGUUUAUCCAUAGUUUCCAGCGACAAUGACAGCUUCACGAUAGAAAAACUAACGGAAAAUGAUUCGAAACCAACCACAGAGACUGAUUCCGCCAACGGUUCGUCCAGCUCGGAUUCCGACACCGAAACCUCGGACGCUAAGCUUCCUUUCGAACCAGAAAUCGCUAAAGAAUCCUUCAAUCUAGUCGACUGCGUCUGCUACACCGACGUCAAAUGCACGGAUAUCCUGAUUUUCGUCAUCAAAAACGAAGCGCUGGUGUUCAAAUUCGAAAAAGUAGGAUUCAUGAAGAAUUUCUACACGAACUUCACCACAUUGAAGGCCGUCGCGAAUCAGAAAGCCUACGGGAAAAACCUUGCGACCAGGUUCAAUUUACUGCAGAGGACUGAUCAAAACGGAGUAACGCACAUCGAAAUAACUAAAGAGGCUGAUACCAGACGAGCGAAAGACGAAGGUCCCAGUAGCAUAAUAAGCAUCACCAAUCCCAACGAUAUAUUAGAUAAACUAUCGAAAACCAAACUCAAAGGCGUCAACUCCAGGCAACGGGUAGAAUCGCAAAUCAUCAAAGACCUCAAAUACAACACGGUCAAUUCCAAAUCGAAGUUAGUAACAAAAUCCAAUUCGAUCGAAAACAUUCUGCACUUGGACGACACCAGUUCAAAUCUAGUCAAUGAAGAUAGCAAUUUGAAGAAAAUUUGGAACAGCGCCGAAGACCUUCUGGACGCGCCCAAACGCCCGCAACGACGAAAAAAGGGCAAAGCUCCCCAACCGCCCGUUGCCCAACCGCCCAAAGACGUCUUCAGCGGCCAGUUCGUCAGGGUAAGCGUCAACUUCGAUCCAGUCAGGGAUUUGGACAAGACGAGGUUGAUCAUCAAGAGCUCGCUCAACGAGCCCCAUCCGAGGAAGCUGCAGAAUUUCAAUCUGUUGAGCAAACCCGGACUCACGUCGAUCCUCAGACCGAAGGAGAAGCAAAUCCUGAAGUACGAGCCCAAGAAAUUGGACGCUGUUUUGAAGAAAAACAAAGUACUGGACAAUUGGACGAGUUCGAUGCCGAGGCUGCUAAAGAAGCCCAAAAGCGGGUGCGAAACAACCAGAAACUUCAUACCGAUGGCUUACAGAUAUAUAGACACCACGCAGGAUUAUCCUCUUUCGUACAGCUCCAAUCACCUGAUAGAAAGAGGAGACGGGCAUUUCUCCAGUCACAGUCCGAACAUGGCGCUCUCCAAUUAUCUCAGAGGCGACAAUUCCGCGCAAAACAUCAACAACAGGCUGUUCGGGCUCAGCCCGAAGUUGAGGGAUUUCGCAGAUGAUGGCAACGACGCCAAAUGGAGCAUUAGCGACAAAAAUAUCAUUGUCACUAAAGAUAACAAUUUGAAGAGCGUUAUCAAACACAAUAAAGACGAUAACGCCAGAAAGAAGAACGAUAAAAAAGUUACUUUCAGUGCAUACACUACCGUACAAGUUGUUUGAUUGGAAUUGUGGUUUUGAUGAUUGAUAAUGGAAUGUGCAAAAUAUGUUUGUUAACCGUAAACAUUGGUACAAAUCGGGGUAAAUUUUAUUUCUGAAUACUGGCUAAGAUUAUAGGCUUGUAGACGUAUUUUUACUUCUUGUGCAUGGUCUGAUAUUCUUAAUUUUUCUGAGCUUAUUUUUUUAAAUUCCUUACGAAACGUCUUAUUUAGAGGUCGAAUGUUGGUUUUAAUUUCAUAUUUUUGCUCGAAAAUAUGAAUUUUAUCUUUCCGAGUUUUUCUAAUUUAAUUUUCGACUUCUCGAAUCACCACCUGAAUCCAAAUUAACUGUUACUAAUUAUACAAAAGCGUCUGCAUAUUAAUUUUUAAUCAAUUUUCCAACCAUCAACCACUAUUUUUCUACAUAACGCCGAAUUUGACCAGCAAAUACAGAAGGAAAUUGUUUUUACGAAUCGACGACUUGUACUUUGAAACAAUUCGUGUUUAACAAAGUUUUUGCGAAAUUAAUUAUAAUCUUAUAUAAAUUUUUAGUAGCAUAAGAAAUGAGACUUAAAUGUACCAUAGUGCAAUUCUAGAGUAUCUGCGGUUGUUUUAUUUUAGCUACUUCUUGAGGUGGUAACUUAGAUUUUACCCCACUUAAAACACCCGUAGCAAUUCUACAUGCAAUUUUUUUAUGUAUAUUGUUC